AGGUUGCAGUUCUUUCAAAGGAACGGGCCCCUCAACAUCAACCACUACGCCAACAAGAAGAGCGCGGCCGAGAGCAUGUUGGACAUCGCCCUGCUCAUGGCCAACGCCUCCCAGCUGAAGGCUGUGAUGGAGCAAGGACCUUCUUUCAACUUCUACAUCCCCCUCAUCGUUCUCAUCAGUCUGUCACUCACACUGCAAAUCAUGGUGGGAGUGCUCCUGAUAUUCCUUGUAAAAUAUGACCUUAACAACCCUGCAAAACAUGGAAAGCUGGAUUUCCUCAACAACCUUGCAACUGGACUAGUAUUCAUUAUAGUAGUUGUGAAUAUUUUUAUCACUGCCUUUGGAGUGCAGAAACCAAUUGCUGAUUCAGCACCAAAACAAUAAGUACCAGAGACCUGGAGCAUUCAUUCCAGAUGCCAUUUGCACUUGAGCCAGUUACACCUGGACACAGUGGGGAAGACAAAAUUAUCUGAAGGAGCUGGACACACUGAGCAGCCUUCUCAAGUUUCCAACAACCAAUACGUUUGUGUACCUAAAAUUUUCCCUUCUGUUAAUAUUUAAACUGUUUGGAAUCUAGGAAAAGGUUGAUUUUGCCCCAAGGACAGUGCUUUUCUGCAAUAUUGGCAUUUCAAUCUCUGUAGGAACUCAUUCUUUUUCAGAGAAGUGACAUAAGCUCAUCGAACAAGGAAAUAUCCUCUGGUAGCACUUCACAGGACUUUUCUUUUUAUGUGCCUUUGGUUUUUGUGGCAAUUUGUCAUUUCCACCAUGGUAAGAAACGUCAGGCCUUGGAUUCUGGCAUGGCCACAUUGUCCUUUAUUUCACAGCUUGGCACCAAGCCCAUGUACUCUGUAGCCCAGCUCUUUCUUUGCAGAGUGCAAAGGUAACUGUGCCUUGUUUUCCUUUUCUAUUCUACUCUAGCUAAAGGAAAGAUGAGACAAACAGAAACAAUCAGCUCUCUUUUGUCCAGUUUUGCUCACAGGUACUCGUUUGUCUUGUUUCUUCAUCUCUGGACACACUUAAAGUUUCCUGUCCUUCGUGCAGACACACAAAUAACCUAAUUGUUAAUAGUUUCUUGCUAUGAACUGCUAUUCCCUGUAUUCUGUGCAUUGUAUGUAUUUCAUGGAAUCACAGAAUGGUUUGGGGUGGGUGGGACCUUGAAUAUUAUGUU